AUGAAAUUAUCCAACUUACUUGUUGCUUCGACCGUUAUUAUGGGCACCUAUGCUGGUUCCCCUUCAAUCUGGUUUACCAGUGAUAAAAACUUCGAUGGUAAGAUCGUCAAGCAGCUGCAAAAGUGGAAUGUCGCUGGAGACAAGGUGGAAGGCUACUACUAUGGAACUCAAUUUUUCUUCUCGGGAACUAAUGAGGUUGGAUACUAUGGCCCUCAGCCACGUAAAGAAGGCACCACUAACCACUUAACAUUCAGUGUUUUUGGUUACGGUCCUUACUCUGACCAUCCAAAUUGUUACAAGAGUGCCGAUGGUGGUCCAGGUGUCUCGUGUGCAGUUGACUUUCCUUGGGAGUACGGAAAGAACUAUACUACAGAAGUUACCCGGACUGCACAGAAUGACGAUGGAAGUAACAGAUGGACAGGUACUUUGGUUGAUGGUGAAACUGGUGAAAAACUUGUUACUAUUGGUGAGUACUGGACUCCCAAAAAUUAUUCCCUCCUUCAAACUGGGGGAAACACUUUUGACGAGUUGUAUGCGAUUGAUCACUAUAGAGACUCAUGCAUGCCCGUCAGCUCCUAUGUUGGAUUUUACCCUGUGCAGUCACAGGAAGAUGGAACCUCUUUCACCCCCACUUUAGAUGCUUGGGACAACCUUGAUUUGCGCGUAGAUGCAUGUGCCAGGGCAGCAAACGAAUCCAAUCAACAGGGCUGGAACAUUCCCGGAGGGUUUGUGUACGUAAAUGGUUUGCUCAACUUGAACUAUGAAGGAAAAAUCUGA